GUCGAGGAGUUUGCCAGAGAAGUUAAAACCUAUCACAAGAACUUUCAGUCUCGCAUGCCGAGUGUGAAAGUGGCCAUUAUCGACGACGGAAUCAACGCCUCGCAAUUUGACAAUCACACAUGUAUAGCUGGAGGAACCUCGUUCCAAUGCCAUCAUAAUCGCCCCGACCGCCCAUUGGAUUACUGGGCAUCAACCGGUGCCCACGGCACCGAAAUGGCCAAGAUGGUUCAACGAAUCUGCCCGGUUGCAGAACUGUACAUCAUACGGCUUGGCGAGGGAACCGGGGAAAAGGGAACGCGACAGAUCAAGGUUGAGACUGCUAUCAAGGCCAUUGAAUGGGCCACCAAUGCCGGCGUCAAUAUCAUCUCCAUGAGCUGGAGCAUCAGCCAAACCAAGGAGGCGAGUUCCGACACCUACAUGCCCGCCGUCUUCGGGGACCCGGUGAAGAUCGGCGCCGCCACGCCAGAGGGCGGGAAGUGGUCCUUCACAGGGUCCCAGAAAGUUGACUUCUAUCUCCCCGGCGUGGAUAUCCCGGUGACCGACAAGGCGGGUGUGGUGCGCUUCGAGCAGGGGAGCUCGUUCGCCACGGCGAUCGCAGCAGGUCUAGCGGCCUUGCUGCAGUAUUGUAUUAGUGUCGCGGUGCGGGAUGGAAGCGAGACCCCAGUCUUUCGCACAGAUGAUAUGAAGCACGCUUUCCAUACAUUGUGCAGUACGCACCGGGAGAUUCCAGAGGUGGGCGAGUUCUUCAAAGAUGUGGGAAGAUUGGACACGCCGUUCAAGAUGCUGGAACGGUAUGAGCAUAUAGCAGCGUCUUUGCGACUGUGA